AUGUUUGGCUCUACAGCACCUGCUUUUGGCGCAAACACAACCGCUCAAACAGGUACUUCCCCGUUUGGUACUGGAUCCUCACAGACGUCUAACAACGCGGCUUCCGGCUUUGGGGGAUUUGGCGCAAUGAACCAGAACAACAAUGCCAAUGGUGCUGCUGUCGGGUCAACUGGCGGAGCGGGUCUAUUUGGUAUGUCCAACAACAACAACAACAACAAUAAUAUUGGAUCUAGUAGUAGCAACCUUACAGGCACUGCGGGCAACUCAGGGCCUUUUGGCCAGGCAACACCAGCGACCAGCAAUCCACCCUCUUUGUUCGGCUCUUCUUCGGCAGCUUCAAACCCGGUUUCUAACCCUCAACAGGGUUCAGGGACCGCUAUAAAGCCGUUCACCCCAUACACCGAAAAAGAUGCCACGACGGGCAUGAACAAUAUUUUCCAAUCCAUCUCGUGCAUGCCCGAGUACAGGAAUUUUUCCUUCGAAGAACUUCGACUCCAGGAUUACCAAGCCAACCGGAGAUUUCCCUCCAACUCCUCCAAUGCUGCAGUCGGUGUUGCCUCGCCUUUUGGUGCAAACCAGACCAAUUCCCCUUUCAAUAAUACUAACUCGUCGUCCUCUUUUGGUAUGGUAGGCAACAACUCCAAUACAAACUCGGGCGGUGGACUUUUCGGUCAAAAUAAUGGGGCUGCUGGCCCUGGUGCAACGUCGUCAUUUGGCCAGCCAGCUAAUUCCAUGUUUGGAGGCACCGCUCAAAAUAAUGCUGUGAAUUCUCCAUUUGGUAUGAACAAGCCUGCUUCUGCUGGUGGCUUGUUCGGUCAAAACAAUAAUGCACCAGGUGGCAACUCGGGAGGGCUUUUCGGUCAAAAUCCAAGCACUCAAACUCAAGGUGGCAGUGGUGGCCUUUUCGGUCAAAACAACACCAACGCGGGUGGCACUGGUGGUGGCUUGUUUGGAGCUUCAAAUGCUGGCCAACCUUCUGGUGGCCUAUUUGGAAAUAACACCGCUAAUACUAAUACAGGCGGGGGUCUUUUUGGUCAAGCCAAUCAAACUCAAAAUCCUUCUUUUGGCGGUACUAAUAAUAAUACCACUGGAGGUGGACUGUUUGGUCAGAAUAAUAAUAAUGCCGCCAAUUCUCCUUUUGGUCAAACACCGCAACAAGCAGGUGGGGGUCUUUUCGGCAACAAGAGUGGCGCUACCGGUGGUUUAUUCGGUGCCAGCAAUACAACUGGCGGGGCUUCGAACGGGCUUUUUGGUCAAAACAAUGCUUCAAGCACCCCAUUUGGCCAAGCCAAUUCAACUGGUGGCGGACUCUUUGGUCAAAACCAAAACCAAAAUCCACCAAACAAUGCUGGUGGCGGCCUGUUUGGACAAUCUAGCAAUAAUACUAACGCAGGUGGCCCCUUUGGUCAAACUAAUACCACUAACACUAACACGGGAAGCGGGUUGUUUGGCAAUAAUCCUCCCAACAACAGUGGUGGUUUAUUUGGACAGAAUACCGCCUCUAAUUCCACAUUUGGCCAAAAUACUUCAGGAUUCUCAUCUUUCGGUCAGCCACAGCAACAACCUCAGCCACAGGCACAACAGAGUAACUCGUUUUUUGGUAACAAGCCAGCUGGCACAACAGGCGGCGGAUUGUUUGGACAGAGCGGCAAUACCGCAUCCACAGGUUUCGGUCAAGGCAAUCCCAGCGGGGGUUUGUUUGGACAAAACAAUACUAGUAAUAACUCAACUGGUAAUUCAGGUGGGCUAUUUGGACAAAAUAAUGCGGGAGGUGGAUUGUUUGGCCAAAAUCCGAACCAACAGCAGCAACCACAACAGCAACAACCACAACAACAAGCAGGUGGAUUAUUUGGUCAGAAUAAUACGCAACCGCCUCAGGGAGGCAUGUUUGGCCAAAACUCCAGUAGUACGGGAGGAGGUUUAUUUGGACAAAACUCCAGUCAGCCACCAACAGGUGGAGGUCUGUUCGGUUCAAAGCCUGCAAACAAUGCCGCGGGGUCUGGUGGUCUUUUCGGUCAGAACAAUAACCAGCAACAACCAAGUGGGGGUCUUUUCGGGCAAAAUAGUAAUGCUAAUGCGUCAAACACUGGUGGGCUAUUUGGGAACAAACCAACAGGUUCGACUGGGGGCAGCCUAUUUGGGCAAAAUAAUGCUAACGCGGCAGCGGGAACCGGUGGGCUAUUCGGACAAAACAAUCAAAACCCUUCCAACUCAACUGGCACUGGUGGAUUGUUCGGUGCUAAGCCAGCUGAUAACGGUAAUUCAGGAGGUGGUCUUUUCGGUGCCAAGCCUUCUGGAACGACUGGUACAACGGGCGGUCUCUUCGGUUCCAAACCUGGUAUGUCUUCCGGUAGUGGCGGCUUGUUUGGGUCCAAACCCGCCGGUAGUGGCUUGAAUUUCAACAGCGGGGGCUCCAAUAAUAAUAACGUUGGGGGAACGAGUUCAGGGCUUUCUGGCGGCUUGUUCGGUAACCAACAAAACCAACAACCUUCUUUGCAAGCAUCUCAACCGGCACCUCAACAAGGCAAUAUAAAUCCUUAUGGCACGAACGAGUUGUUUUCACGCGUGAUUGUACCAAAUUCUAUCACUCAGCCUAGUAAACCUAGUGCCACCAAGUUGAACGCUGACUUAAAGAAAAAAGCGAGUCUCUCCGGUGCUUAUAGACUGGCUCCAAAACCACUAUUUGCUCCAAGAAGUUCUUCCUCUAGCCCCGUUGCACAACUGGGCCUGACUGCUCCUACUAAGAGUGGUGGCCGCAUUUCGUCUAUGGCGUCAUCGACUGACUCCCUCGGGAGAGAAAUUCUGCCAGCAAACACCGGAUCAUCUUCGAUAUUUACGAAUGAGAGUGACGACCUUCUUCUGGCGUCCAAUGAUGUCUUGUUCAAUCCUGACAAGAAGUCUUUUAAAAACUUGAUCAUCAAUAGGAAGAAGAUGGAGGAUACUACGGCCAAAGACGACGAUCAAGUUCUACGCAUUACUUUUGCCGCAGAUGAGGACAAAUGUCGCGCUGAGGAUGCCGCUACCCCUACUGCGUCCCUGGAUAGUGGUAAAAAUGAAUCGUUUUUCGAGGAUAUUCAAAGGACACCGCUUCAUCGAGAGGUGAGGCCUGAAGGGUCUUUCAAAUCUAAAGUAGCGUCUACUCUAUCCGCUGAAAAUCCAACAAAAACAGCGGGAAUAGCAGGUGCUUCGAGCACCAAAAUUGAUGGUAUCGAAAGGUCCCUCGGCGUUUUAGGAGACGACGUUUCUUUCAAUGACGAUGGCUAUUACAUGUCUCCAUCUCUGGAAACGCUAUCUUCUAUGACCUUAUUACAGCUUCGUAAAGUGAGCGGCCUCACUAUCGGGCAAAAAGAUUAUGGGAAGAUUGAAUUUCUAGAGCCUGUUGAUUUAUCCAAUAUUUCUUUGCCAGCGCUUUGUGGCCAAAUAGUAGUAUUUGAACCUCGCGCUUGCUCAGUUUACCCUAAUGCAUCUGUUGUUCCUGCUCACGGCGAAGGGUUAAACGUUCGCGCACGUAUCAGCAACUACGGAUGCUACCCACUUGAUAAGUCAACCAGGGAUCCAAUCAAAGAUCCAAACCACCCAAUCAUCAAGAGACAUGUGAACAAAUUGAAGGCGAUUUCGUGCACCAAAUUUGACAGUUACAAUCCCCAAACGGGUACUUGGGUUUUUACUGUUGAAAGCCCCGUUGGAAACUAA